AUUCCUAGAGAGGCCUCUUUAUGGGCCUCUGUCCUCACCUACACUCACACAUACACACACACCCAGCCAGGGAAAAGAGGUCUUUGAUGUUUGUAUCCAAUAUCUGGAGUGAUAGAUCACGAAAACAGCUUUUUUAAAAAAAGGUGGCAAACAACAUCUGACUCCUGACCCAGAAGCAAGAGGCAGGCAAAAUGGUGGCUAAGCCCCAGGGAAGCACUGGGGCAUCUCCUCGUGUGUAAAUGAAGGAACAUGGGGGAACCCCACUGCUAAGCACACAGCAGCACGUCAAGCACAAAGGGCCAAAGAGUUGAAAGGGGGACCAUCAGAGAUGCUGCAUCCCCUCUGGAUGAAGGCCAUAGCCCAUCUUCCAAUGCUGAAACGCACCCCUCAUUUCAUAUCAGGAGUUCAUGUUGACAGCAUUUCUUUACCUUCCCUGCAGAAAGAUGACACGAAUGGUGGCCAGAAUAAUCUUCUUUGAUUGUUAUUCCUAACCAAAUAGUGAAAAGUUGCUUGCUACAUUUGUGGGCUUUGUAAGGCGGCAUAGUCAUACUAAUCCCGAGGUAGCCCUUCUUGGAAAGACCAUGGCAGACAAAGAGGGGAAUUCUUGGACACUUUUGGAGUGUGCUGAGGAGCAUGAAUGGAAGAUGGAAAAGGAAUGCAUAAGUGGCCCUGAAGAAGGAAAAUGUCCUGAACCCGCUCAGACUAGAAACAACGAGGAAUUCUGGGAAAGAACUGUACAGAAGUUUCUAACAGAAGACCCCACUUGCUCCAAUAUACAAUGUGAUAAUUUUAGGCAGUUCAGCUAUCAGGAGGCUGAGGGGCCCCGUGAGGUCUGCAGCCAACUCUACCAUCUUUGCCGUCAGUGGCUGAAACCAGAACAAAGCACUAAGAAUCAGAUCCUGGACCUGGUGAUCCUCGAGCAGUUCCUAGCUGUCUUGCCCCCAAAGAUGCAGAGCUGGGUUAGAGAAUGCAGGCCGCAGACCAGUUCCCAGGCAGUGGCCCUGGCAGAAGGCUUCCUCCUAAACCAGGCACAGAAGAAGCAGAGAGAGCAGGUGUGGAGUCUAUUUGUGGAAGGAGACACUCGUUCCCUGGUGGCAGAGGAGGGCUGGUCAGACACCAGGCAGAAACUGUUUUCCAGAGCUGUUGUGCAAGAGCAUGACCAAGAAGAUACCUCACUGGGCAGUGGUGUGAUGCCAGAAGAACAUAGGAGGCAUCUUGGUGGUCUAGUGGACACAACUUCUGUGCAAACAGAUCAGGUAAGUGGAUAUGGGAAUCACUGGGGAGAGAGGAUACAGCAGCUAGCCAGUCCAGAUUCCUUUGUCCCCCUGCCACUAAAAUCUUCCAAACUCUGAUAAGUCACUAUUACCUCAUGCUUCUUUUGUUUUUUUUUAUACCCUGCCCUUUCCCAGUAAGGCUGGGACAUUAACAAAAUUUUAUUGAUUGCUUAAUUUGAGUUUUAUGUAUUCUAUUUAACACCCAUCAUUCUCACCGAGACUCAAGGCAGAUACAGUUUUGUUUUCUAGGAAAUUUUGAAUUGGAAAAUAUAAAUAAAUGAUCUAAGAAUUUAAAUAAUUUAAAUAUUUAAAUAAUGUUAGGAAAAGAAGGCAAAUGUACUAUGUGCAAGCUUGGACAGUAUCAGAGGGUUAUCUAGGAAAAAUGUAGUCCGGUGCCAAAUUUGUUCUGGAAUGCUGUUUCCAAGGGAUGGCACUAUCCUAAAAAAUGCCUAUUAUCAGAAGGGAAAGAUUUUGGUUCUUCUUACACAGAGGGAGUGUUC